AUGGACGACCACGACUUCAGACCUCGACAGAAGGUGGUGAACUCUGCGAUGGUGAAGUACUAUCCAGAAUGGACCAAUGAAAGUACUACUUCCGAAUACAGGGCUGUCACCGGACCUGGCUAUGACAGCUUCGAGUCAUUCGGCGACGUUGAGUUCUUGGUUGGUUGCAACUGGAUCCUUCGCCCUGCUGGAUUGAGACAGUUCUUUGAGCAAUAUCUCAAGGAGGACCAGGAGAUCACCUGGGAUGUCGCCAAUGCUUGCUUUCGAAUCCACUGCCAACGUGAUAAUCAAGCAGAGAUCAUGACGCGAAUUAGCAUGAUCAUGGACGACAUCCUUAAAGGUGGUGAAUUGCCCAGUCCUGUUGAUGAUGCCGAAAAUGAAAUGGUACGCCAUCCUUCUCAAUCAGCCAGUCUGUCUGCCGCGCAAGAGCUGCGCGACUAUCAGGAGUUCUCGUUUCCAAAAGAGAUACUACUGUUUCCAGUGAGAUCCACCUGGAAGCUGCCUGGUGGUCGAGCGGAAGAUGGUCCUAGCCUUUAUCAGCUGCUCGCAGGAAACGACCCUGCCAAAUUAAUGACGGACCGUACCAAGAGUACAGUCAUUCAAAGUGGCGACGGUUUGACUCUCUACUUCGGUGCCCACAGUGUCGAUGAGAUUUCCAAAGCAAAGCAGAAGAUGGACAACAUAUUAAGAUAUCACGGUAUGCGAUAUCGAUAUGGCAUGACCCAGAACGUCAUUUACACCGAGGACAACUCCUCUGGCCUUGUUGAGCUCAGAUACCUGGCUCAGACUCACCUCGUUCACGUUCGGAGCAUAAUUUUAGACCCAACAAGAUUUCAGCUUCAACAAGCAUACGGCAAGAUUUUCGAGAAGGGUUGCUUUGUGCGGUCGUUGCGGGUUCAAGGAGAAUUUUUGGUGCCUGAUGCAAUGCAACCGAGCCCUGUAAUCUCCAGAGAGCUUGUUGAACGCUCAUUCGAGUAUUUCAAAGACCACAGAGUGACGGAGAAGCGGCAAACCUGGCUGGACUUGGCCCAAGCAACGGACAAUCUGAUAGACACCAUUGUUGAGCCCGUCCAGCAGCCUGACCACCAAACUUCACCUGGGGUAUAUGAAUGGACAGAUCUUGUAUCGCAAUUCGGCUCGAUGUCGUUGGCAACAAGCUCGGAAGUCUCUGUCCCCACUCCAGUGACUGGUGCGACAGAACCUCAGGAGAAAGCAUCAGAAGAUGAGCAAGUUGACCUUCUCACAUCGUCUCCUCUCAAAAAUAAGCAAAAUGUUGAUGGAGUCCUGAUACCAACGAGAACCUAUCGACAACAGGAACAGAUCCCGCGACAGCCCGUUGCAAUUAGGCAAGAUCUAUCGACAGAUCGACCUCGGAGGGAUGCUACGCUCUCUAGAUCAAAGACGAAAAGUCCCCAAGCCACCACGGGCGAUGUGGUAGUGGCUGCGCGUGACAGGAUUAUCGACAGUAUCCCCAAAAUGCUAGAACCUCUACGACUGUACCAGGGGUCUGUCAUUUUGAAAGCCGAAAUCGGACGAAUCUGGUUCACCAAUGUGAACUGGCAACAUAUUGGCAUACCUGGCCUGAAGCAACAUAGCCGUGCAAGGGAUGUGGCAUCCAUGGAAGCCGCUCUCGAAUCUCAUUGCUCCGCACGAGAUCUAUAUUUCAACAACAUUGUAACUACACAAGGCGGUGAUGCCAAUCACAUUGCCAACCUCCCAGGUCCAGGUGGUAAUGGACGGAUGUGGGUUCCUGGCUCUGGGCGCACCUUCUAUGAAUUCUGGUGUACGACCAAGAAUCUUUCAGGCUCGAAGACUUAUUUUGUUCUUGAAAUUGAUGCCAUCGAUUUUACUCACGAAAUUCGGAAGGCUGACCCGGGCGAGACGAACAUUUAUGUCCACUGCGCGAAGCGCGACUUUGACUUCAGAGUUGUGAUUGAAGCCACGCCUGCCAUCAAGGAGAGCUACGAGCCCUUUGCCCAAGAAGUCGUUGCAUCGCUGCAAGUUGGCCAUUUGAGCGGUGGAAAUGACCUGCCAAAGCUCAGUCUGAUGUACUUCCGCCAAUGGGGCAUCGAAAUAAAAAGCGUUCGCUUCCGCCAGGUAGCCAUAUACGAACACCACGAAGGCACAACCAAGCUGCAUAUCACUCAUGUCCAUUGCAUGAAAAAGACAACAGUCCAGAAAGACGAUAUUGCCUGCCUCAUACACGCUUACCCGGACUUGGGAAAUCCAGACGAUGGGUAUUUUCCCAACUGGUUUGAAGCGUACGUCACGUCCAAUGAGAUAGUUGACGCCUUCACCGAGAACAAUGAGCUUGAGUUCGCACAAGAGGCCAGUUGGGCCCCUGAUAAGUUCAAGGAUUCUGGUGCCUUGAAUGACCUGCUGGACCAUACAACUAGUACGCUGAAACAGAUGGAUGGUGUCGGAUAUUGGGUAUCCAAUGGGCAGGACGACAUGCGCUAUGGCAGGCCGCCGCACACCAAGCAGCAGGCCUCUCAACAGCGUGAAGCUUCUGAGCCUGGCAGAUAUUGGUAG